UAAGUGCCGCAAUCAAAACAUUCACAUGCACGCGCCGUGAAAAUUUCCUCACAUCAGAUCAUGGCCUCGCGGAUUAUCCAAUCCUUGUCCGGUGAAAAACUCCUUUCCAAAUCCUUGACCCUUCAGUGCUUCGUUCGGCAUGGUCAUCGGUUACGUGGCCUCCCUCCGGGAGUGGCCCGUACGCUGGAACAACGUCUUGCCGACGAACGAGCCGUAGAUCCAGAAUUGACGCAGAAAGUCAAUAUCGGUUUCCCGCACCUAAAACCGGCUCGGUCCGAGCAGUUGAAGGAACGCUUGUUACACCUGAAGGCGCAACGGGCCAACCUGGAACUGGAGAAGGCAUCCCGGGCGAGAACGCUGACAAUCGAACCGGAACUGGUGAAAAGAGACUGGCUCAAAACGAGCGGUCCAUUCCACAUUAAACGAUUGGCCGAGCACUACGGAGUGUUCGAGCAUCUGUUCGGAUCGGCUUACUUUGUACCGCGGGUUGACUUGCGAAUCACAUUCAGCAACGGCAGCGGGGAAGUGGCCAGUCCAGUAUACUACGGAAACGUGCUAAAGCCGAGUGAGGCCAGUGCGGAACCGACGGUCCAGUUCGACGCUAGUUUCGAUUAUAAGGGGACAACUGGGGCGGCAAAGGGUGAUAACACCUGGUGGACACUGGUGCUGACCAAUCCGGAUGGGCAUUUCAGCGAGAAGGAUAAAGAGUACUGCCAUUGGUUUGUAGCCAACAUUCCUAAUGGAGAGGUGGAGAAGGGCGAAAGGAUCGUUCCGUACUUGCAGCCGAUUCCUCCCAAGGGAACCGGAUUCCAUAGGCACAUUUUUGUGUUGUACAAGCAGGAGAAGAAGCUGGAUUUGAGUGAAUACAAAGUCGAACAGGGCAAGAGUGUGGACUUGGCAGCGAGGACAUUCAAAACGUUGGAUCUGUACCGGAAGUAUCAGGAUGACAUCACACCGGCAGGGCUGGCGUUCUUUCAGUCGGAUUGGGACAACAGUUUGAUCGACUACUAUCACAAUGUGCUGAAAAUGAAACACCCAGUCUUCGAGUACGACUUCCCGGCACCGUACAUCCGCAAUCAGGAGUGGUUCCCGCUGCGGAAACCAUUCAACCUCUACAUGGACAAGUACCGGGACCCGCUGCAAAUUAACAAGGAGUACCUCGCCCGUAAACUGGCCAAAACGCAUCCCUUCGCGGGGCCGGAACCGCCUUUGCGUUUCCCCAACGCCCAUCCGGUACGUGAUGUUCCUUCCUGGCUGCGAACGGAAAUCAAGAAAGAUCGACGCGGUUGGGGCAGGAUCAACGACAUAUGAAGAGCAAUUUGUUUUUAGGUAAGUCGUUUCUCAUUGUGGGUUAGUGAAAAGAAUA